CUGACGGGAGCCACAGGAUCGGCGCGGAUUGGUCAAAAUCCAAGCUGGAUCUCUAAAGUCUGAACCUAUCAAUCAUUCACCGCUACCAGCCUCACUUCCAACUCCGCUGCCCAUCAGAUAACACAGAACCAGUGCUCCUCCAUGGCUGGUGCACAGUAUCACCAUGGGUGCGAGGUACAAGACAGUGCCUCCUAUUCCAGGAUACGGGUCCCACGACCGUGAGCGUCGGACAUCGUGGCAUUCGGUGAUACCCGACGGCCGAGCCCGUCACGGCCUGCCUUCGUGGGCGACGCCUGCGUGUAGCGUUGCCUUCUGGGUUUUCGCCCGAAAAGAAAGCGUGGCAUGUUGCUUCUUCCGUUUUCCCCUGCGAGGCAUCGUUCAGCAUACCUCAUCGCCCUUCGCACAACCACCCCGCCCCUUCAGCACCUAUUCCCGACUUUGGAUGAACCCGACCGAGACGGCGGAGGAACGGUGCGUCGGAUCUUUACCAGCUUCUUUUCGGUACUCUUUUGUUUCGUUUUCGUUUCCCGCUCUGUGCGACAACAGUCCAUAUUCCGCUUCCGAACCCACCGGUGCCUUGCCGCGCUUUUCCCCCAGUUGUAACAAAUCCGAGCGGCAUUCAUCUUUCCUGUUUCAGAUUGAUAUUUAUCGUGUUCUAGAUAUGUCCUCACGCUAUGGACCUGUCAGGCGUGCCGAACCAGUGCUGCCUGCGCAACGGCCCAAAGAUGACGACGGGCCAGGUAGGCUGUUGGGAAACGGAGCUGAAGCCGCAGGCUAGGCAAGGCAAGGCGUACGGGCGCAGCACAGCGUAGCGUAGCGCAAAGCAGCGCAACACCCAAUGUCGGCCUUUUGCUGCUGGAACACGUUGUGUAAACGAUGCGACUGCAUCCAAAGGCGGCGUGAAGCUCGCGGCCCGG